AUGGUUUCCGGUUCGGGUUCGGGUUCGGGUUCGAAAGCUGGGAAUACGGUUGUUGGAUGGAUAUACAAUGACGGUAAUAUUAUCGAAUCUCAAUUAGAAGGUUUUAUUUAUGAUAAACCUGUUUCAAAGCAUGUUAGGCUAGAUUUGUCUAUGAAUUAUGCUAGUUUAUGUGCUUUGUUACAUUCCAAGUUGAAGAUUGAUAGUAGUAGUAGGUUGAGGCUAUUUUAUAGGUGUAAAAAUCCCGAUAAUUUGAAAUUCGGGAUUAUACCUAUUGAGGAUGAUGAUGAUGUAGAAUUAAUGUUUGGUGUUGUGGUGUCAAAAGGGAUGCCAUUUUUUGUUGAAAUUUAUGUAGAGAAAUUGUCUUGUGAUGGGAAUUUGGUAAGGAGUAGUUCGAGUGUGGGGGAGAAGAGUAGUGGGCGUGAUUCGGGUGGUAGUCAUUUUAGACAUGACCAGGAUGUGGGUGAUAGCUAUAUGUCUGUCGAUACUUCCCAUUUAGAGAGGAUGACCUCAUUCGACGAUGUCGAGGUUGAAAAUAAUGAGGUCCCGUUGGAGUUGAAGGAGGGGAGGUUAUUUAGCACGAAAGAGGAUUUGAUGCAUGUGGUGAAGCAAUACCACAUUCAGAAUCACUUAGAGAUUGGAGUGAUACGAUCAGAUCCGAGUAGUUGGUAUGUUGCUUGCAAAUAUAGAAAUGAUGGUUGCAUUUGGAAGUUGAAAGCUAGAAAGAGGACUUCACAUGGUAAAUUUCAAAUCAUGGAGAGUGUAGGACCACAUAGUUGCUUGAGCACUAUCAUCACACGAGAGCAUCCCAACUUGACAGCCUCGGAGAUUGCUGGAGUGAUUAAAUCUCAAAUUGUUGCUGAUCCGACAAUUAAGGAGAAGGUGUUGUUAGCCACUGCUAAAGAUAAGUUUGAAUAUGAGCCGGGACGAAAGAAGAUUAGGAAUGCAAAGAAGAUUGCAAUGGAGGAUAUUCAUGGCUCGUGGGAAGGAUCAUACGAGGACUUGCCACAUUUGAUGGAAGCUCUUCAGUCCUUCAAUGUGGGCACGAAGGUGGAUUGGUGCUUUAGGGAGGAUGAUGCAGAGCAACUAGAGGAAGUGACAUUCAUGAGAUUGUUCUGGGCUUUUAAGCCAUGCAUUGAUGGCUUCGAGUAUUGCAGACCCGUCAUACUGAUAGACGGGACUCAUUUGUAUGGACCAUAUCCGGGUGUUCUUCUGAGUGAAACAGCUGUAGAUGGGUUUAGUCACAUUCUACCGUUGGCGUUUGCUAUAGUGGAGUCGGAGAACAACUCUGGCUGGGAUUGGUUCAUGGAUAGGUUGAGGAGCUUGGUGGUUGGUCGGAGGCACGGGAUAUGUAUCAUUUCUGAUAAACAUUUAGGGAUCAUGGAAGCUAUGCAGAAGGAGGGAUGGUGUGAGCCACUUAAUCAUCAUCGGUACUGUGUGAGACAUUUUGCCACAAACUUUGCCACCAAAUUCAAGAAAGCUGGAUUGAAGGAUAGAUUGGUUGAGUUGGCAUAUCAGGUCCAGCCUAAGAAAUUUGAACUACUAUGGGGGGAGUUGUUGGCACUAGAGCCCCGAGCACUUGCAUGGUUUGAGGACAAACCAGUAAGGAACUGGUCACUGACACAUGAUUACGAGCAUCAUCGUUUUGGCAUCAUGACUACCAACCAUGCUGAGAGUUGGAACAAAGCAAUUAUCGACGCUUAG